CCUAUCUCGAUGUACUCCUCAUGCCAUCAGUAACAUACCUUCUACUUACCUCGUGUUUGUUGCCUUGAUGCUGCACGCAUGGAACGCGGUGAUCAUCUUCUGUUGUGGCUUCGCGCUAAGCAAGGGGAAAACGCAUGACUUAGUUUCAUCUUUCCCUUCGUUUGGGUACAGCCGCCGAGCAGCAAGGAGUUCCAGGGACCUGCGACAGCCUUUCAUGUUUGGACGAGUUCUGAUUUUGUGCUAGCGCUGAUCAGCAUAGAUCCAAGCUAGCGCCGUGGCUCUCCAGCAACCAAUCGAUAACAUCGAAGAAACCUAACUCUGCAGCAUCAGGGGAUAAUCGACAUCGAUAUUAGGCCCGGGCGCUACUUAUGCGUAUUCAUAAAGCGAGUCUCUGUUCGCAGUGGUAGACCGAACGAGCUACAUAUCAUGCAUCGAAACAACAGUUUCAACGUCACUGGAUCGCAUAACAGCCCAGGGCCGAUGGGGGGAAACCACUUAUCGAGUCCACCAACUCGCUCGCCCUCUCUUAGCCAACGUAAACUCGCGGCUGAAUUCCGUUCUUCGUCUCCACUCGUUGGGGGGUCCUCUAUCACAGCCAGUGUCAGCACUACUGAGACUCAUCAUACGGUGAUUACAAAGACUUCCUGGCUCGAGGCUGCUCGUGAAAGCACCGACAACUUCAAACUGCAUGGUUCUCCCCAUUCCUCUCGUUUGGUACACAAGGUUUUGGUUGAGGACAACAUCAUCCCGCCGAAUGCUGUUCCCUUUGGUGAAGACAAGAACGGGUUAUCGCUGUACAUUGCUCGUGCCCUGCUCGAGGGUGGGCUCUAUCUCGGAAAAGUAGGCACUCACCUUCAGCAUGCCCUUAUUAGUUACGGCGGACGAGAGCACCAAAUCCACAAGUAUGAAGUACUUGUGUGCGCUUCUCAACUUCGUUGGGGCUUGUCCACCUACGAAUCAGUAGGAUCUUUGAGUCAGGGCACGGUCGUACUUGCACAACAACAUCAACAGCACCAGCACCAGUCCCAACGCGGGUCGGCAGCAUGGACUGCUCAAGCUGGUGGCUUCGCCCAAACUGGACAUGGUAAUGUCCGGGAGGCGACCAGUUUCCGAGAGACUAAAAGUGUCCACAACUCUCGCGAGACUUCGAGUCUCAUUGAAACCACGCUGUGUGUCAACGAUAUUCCAAGGUUUAUUCCCAAUCUUGCAAAGGUAAAUGAUGGUCUGAAGAAACUUGCCGACUACAAAACCGUGAUUCUGAUCGAUGAUUCCAUUUCUAUGGCCGAAGAACAAUCUUGGACCCUUGUUCGUGAGGCUCUGGCGGGAAUCGCUGACCUUGCGUAUCAGUAUGGCUCUCAAGGAAUCGAUCUACACUUCUUGCAUCACAAACGUUUCCAUCAAAACAUAAAGACGAGCCACGAGGUUCAACAGAUUUUCAAUCAAAUGCAGCCUAACGGUCCAGAGACGCCAACUGCUGCGAAACUGGAGGAGCUUAUUAAUUUCUACCUCCCUCUCGUGGAGCGCAAGUUCCCUCAACACAACCCCAUCGACAUUAUUGUCAUUACCGAUGGUGUCGCAACCGAUCAGUAUGCUCUCCCUGAGGUCAUCGUCAGCGCAGCCCACCGCCUGGAAAGAAGUCAAGUUCCAGAGGAGAUGUUUGGCAUCCAGUUUGUACAGAUUGGCACGGACGAGGAGGCUGCUUCCGCAUUGCGCGGUCUAGAUGACCACCUAGCGAAGCAGUACAAGAUCAGGGAUAUCGUGGAUACCACACCUUACGAUCCUCAACAAGGCGCAUUCAAUACCGAGUACAUGCUGAAGAUUCUUCUCGGUGGUGUUAACAAGGUUCUUGACAAUGGAGGUCCUGUGCCGAAUGAAUUACUACUUGCAGGGUUGAGGUGAUCAUUCGAGUCCGUCUCGCUAUUCAAUUGCCAAAAUAUUCGUGUCGUAUAUUGGCGAAAGCCUGCUUUCCAUCGAUAGGUCGUGUACAAAAAUGUUUCGCAAUGUGUAAUUGUAUGACCAGUGACCUCGUUCUGGCCCUCUGGGAGUGUCGAAACUGACACCAUCUCUGGCGGACCCAUUGAACGAGCGCUUGAUACUGUCUUUGACUUGCCUAAUACAACAAUUAAUAUAAUGUGUCAUGACCCGGGACAGCCGGUCACUGCCGGACCUAACAAGUUGUUGCCUCCGCUCAGUAGAGUUUGAUUCAGGUCGUGGUAAAUUGAAAGACAGGUAUUACUUACGCACCCCACCCAUCGCGACUGUCACUUCCUUCUUCCUUCCGACUGGUGAAAUAACGAGUCGAGUGAUCUAAACGUUCCUGUGUACGUAUGCGAAACAGGAAG